GCGUGUUUAUCUCUUUAUUUUGCAACUGUUUACUACGCUAAUAUGAAGUAGAUAAAAGUGGAAAUCACGGUACCACGACAGCAGAACUAGUAGCGUCGAGCAUCAUGAAGUUUUUACUGAUCGUGAUCAUUUGUGCUAAGUACUCCAGCGAAAUGACUACCGUUUGGCCAAUUACGACAAGUACGGGACCUUGUCCGGGACAAGAUUGUUCGGGCGGAAUAUGGGUUGAUAUGGGUGACCCGUGCUGGUCAUGUGUAAUCUAUGACACUUGUCACUCGCUCGGAUGUGAUGAUCCGCAAUCUUUCUGCUUUCUUUAUAAUGAAAGCUUUCCGAUGGAUCAAUAUGCAGUCCAGGGGGAAUGUCGAACGAAUCCCUGUGCGGAAACACCUUUGUUAGACGAGGGAGGGCAGUUAACCGCUGUUUGCGAUGGUACCCGUAAUUGUCCAACUGGCUACAACUGUGUUGAGUCCGUAUGUUGCAAGUCACUUUAGACGUCUACUGCUACUACUACUAGAGCUUCAUGGGAAAUUUCUAAAAAUCGUUAUUUACUUUGAAAUAAAGUUUAAUCUCCCUUUA